AUGUCACGGCGCACGACCAAGGUUGCCGGGUCAAGCAAUGGCCCACCAUCAUGCAUGUCCCUGCACAAGCAAGCAUACCACGAGAUAGCAGUACUAGCAAUGCAUCAAAGCGCACCCCAGCCUCUAGGCCUGACAGCUUCAUCGGUACGGGACUGUCUGUAG